AUGCAGACGUCAAAAACUCAUAUUGAACCCAUCCCCAUCAAACUUGUGGAGAUAAGAGAUGGAAAGGCAGUGGUGAGAUGGACAGAAGAGGAAGUUUCACGUAUGAACUUGAUAGAAGAACUCAACUAUGCUGUAGUAGGGAAGUUUUCUCAUGGUUGGCUUGAUUUGGAAGAACUUCGUAUGGUGAUGGCCAAGCAAUAUGGGAUCAAGGGAGAUUGUAGAAUAGGUCUAUUACGACAUAGACAUAUACUGAUGUGUUUUGAAUUGCUGGAAGAUUUUAUUACAAUGACAUCUAAGGGUGUUCAUUAUAUCAAUUCAAAAGAUGGAUAUUAUUAUCCUAUGAGACCACUGAUUUAUGAUCCUAAGUUUAGAAUUGACGAGGAGACAACAAUGGCUAUGGCAUGGAUCUCUUUCCCUCAUCUCUUACCUACCUUUUUUAUCAAGGAAGCUUUGUUUUCAUUGGCCUCAGCAGUUGGUAAGCCUUUACAAUUAGAUUUGGCCACAAUAAACAAAACCAGGCCUAGUUGUGCCAGGGUCAAGGUAUUAGUUGAUUUGGUAGCAGAUCUGCCUGAUUCUGUUAGUAUGGAGAUUAUUGAUGAAAAGUCUGGUGAAGUAAGAUUUGUUGAUGUGAUUAUUCAAUAUGAUGUUCUUCCCAAAUAUUGUAAGAAGUGUAAAUUACAAGGCCACAAUGAAGAGACUUGUAGAACUCUUCAUCCAGAAUUAAGGAAGAAAUUUGAAGAGUUGGAUGGUCAAGAUAAAGGCAAAGAAGUAGAUCAAUGA